AUGCCUAUCCAGGAAAGUCCAUCGGUGCUCCACAUCUUGUUCUUGUGCUUCAAAAUCUGCUUACGAAGUUGGGAACAUCUCACUUAUACGACAUCCGGUGGAUCAGCACAACACCGAGAUGAAGGACGACUAAGCGUCAAAAAAAGAAGUUGGCGCAAUGCCUUGAAACCCUCGGCCUCGUACUCAGAAUCCUGGACACCACCAGAGCUCAGUCAGGGCCCCGCAGGUCACCCCGUUGGCUUGAACCUCGAGUUCACCAAAGUACUUGCGCACUCUAAUGAACUCGCCCGCUGGACCGCUAUUUUUUUUUGGAAGAAAAAUAUGCAGACAAAACACGUUAGCAUCUUUUCAUGUCAAGUUGUUGAAAAUAUGGAGCGCCUCUUUAAAAAAGAAAAAGGCGAAAAUAUGUUCAAGUUAGCUUACGAUGCCGAACGGGACACAUUUGAGCUGGCUUUAACAUGCUGGUGGUCUUUACAUUCGUUACUUACCUGGCGUAAACGUAGACAGACCUAA